AACAAUCGAUAAAAUUUAAUCAAUUUACAUGAGAUUUAAACUUUAUUGUUAAGAUAUAUCGUUGAGGAAAUUACAGUGGCUGUUGGAGUGGAAUUUCGUGAACCCAACUAAUAUCAUUUUCAUUUUCUAAAAAAUAUCAAACUAUCUUGUACGUUAUGGCAUAUGAUCAAGACAAUUUAAAAGCUUGUCUAAAAUGCGGACCAGCAUGUCAAGGAUUUACAAAACAUCCAUGGAGAAUGACAUGUACAACAUGUCGUUGUGCCUACGAUGAACAUGAUAUAACAGAUACAUCAAAUCAAAUAUUAUUAGAUGAAUUAGAACUGGGUGAAUCGCCGUUUUAUAAAGGAUAUGUAGAAGCACAAAAAUUAGCUAAACAAUUCGGUGUACACUGGUUACCUAUCGGUAUUCAUUCAAAUGAAGUGGACAGUUUUAUCAACAGUCUUUCAGCUAAUGAAAUACCACGUGGUGAAAAUGCAGAUAAAUUGAGACGUCGGCGUCUUAGAAGACAGAUUCCUCCACAAGACAGAAAACCAGCAGUUGCAGUUGAAGAGUCUUGGCAUCAUCGUGUUAAUUCACAACUUCCGGAUGCAAAUCACAGCUUGGAAAGUGAAUUACGGGAAGCUAAUCGCUUCAGAAAUUCGCGUAAUCGACGUGAUUUUGGGGUCGGCAAUGUUGAACACAUGAAUCAGGAUGCAGGACAACCAUGUGCAGAAUGUCUGAAUAACAUAAAAUUUGGCGAGUUUUGUGUUCGAGUUCGACCAGAACAUCGUGCUGUUGAAGCAGUUUCUGGUGCUCCAUCUAGUGAUGCUAGAGAUUUCGCACCAGCUUGGCAUUUAGAAUGCUUUCGAUGCGGAACAUGCAGCGAGCAAUUAGUUGAUUAUUGCUAUGCUUGGUCGGGUGGUCGUCCUUAUUGUUUGCGACACUACGGUCAACUUAUCCGCCCUCGGUGUGCAACAUGUGAUCAUCUUAUUUUCUCGGAGGAAUACACUAGAGCUAUGGAUCAGGAGCAUCACACGGGGCAUUUCGCUUGCCGCAGUUGCGACGCUUCACUAACGGGACAGCGUUAUAUAUUACGCGAUGAUGAACCUCAUUGUCUGGGUUGUUACGAAGCCAAGUUUGCAAAUACAUGUGAGCAGUGCAAGGAAAAGAUUGGCUGUGAUUCUAAGGGUGGUCUAAAACCAGAGGUUGGGAUCACAUCACUUGUCCGUGAUAUGUCGGAGCCUACACGGAACGCAGUGUAUAUGUCUUCUAAUCAAUCGAAUGUUAGAUUUCAUCCAAUUUGUUCAAUGCCACAUGUCCUGGGUCCUGGUUGUAGAGUCGUUCAAGCCUGGCAGUGUGAUACAAUCAAGGAUCUUUCAUUCAAGGAAAGGCACUGGCAUGAGAAGUGUUUCAAAUGUUCUUCUUGUACAACUUCAUUGGCAGACCGACCGUUUGCAACCAAAGAAGAACAACUUUAUUGCUCUGAUUGCUAUGAUGAUCGUUUCGCCGCUCGUUGUGAUGGUUGCCAAGGCGUAUUUAAAGCUGGGAUGAGAAAAUAUGAAUAUCGUGGACAGCAGUGGCAUGAAGAAUGCUUCCUGUGCGUAGAAUGUAAACAACCAAUUGGCGCAAAGAGUUUCAUCCCUCGGGAAAAUCAAGUGGUCUGUGUACCAUGUUAUGAAGCUAAAUACGCUCAACGUUGUACUAAGUGUACAGAAGUUAUACGUCGCGGUGGAGUUACUUAUAAGGGAAAUCCGUGGCACAAAGAAUGUUUCACUUGCACCAAUUGUGCAAAACAGUUGGCAGGCUUAAAAUUCACCUCCAAAGAGGAACAACCAUAUUGUGCAGAUUGCUAUGGUGAUCUGUUUGCCAAAAAAUGCACAAAAUGCACCAAGCCAAUUACGGGAUUCGGAGGCUGUAAGUUUAUUUCAUUCGAGGACCGUCAUUGGCACUCAGAAUGCUUUUCGUGUGGAAAAUGCAACUGCAACUUAGUCGGCAGAGGUUUUCUUACCAGUGAUGAUAUGAUCAUGUGUUCAGAUUGUGGACGCUAA